GAGUCGGCAGAAGAAGAGAGCUGACAGCAGAGCAGCAACACAAACAGAGGACUAUUAUCACUAAAUUGUCCCCAUUUUACUUAAUAUUUAAUUAGAUAUAUACAAUAUUCUAUUUAUUCCCAGCCAUGGAGUUGUCAGAAAUACUGUACAACAAAGCGGAGUACAUUGAGACGGCUUCUGGUAACAAAGUGAGCAGACAGUCAGUGCUGUGUGGGAGUCAAAACAUCGUACUCAAUGGCAAAACUAUAGUAAUGAAUGACUGCAUCAUCCGAGGGGACCUGGCUAAUGUCAGGGUGGGCAGACACUGUGUGGUGAAGAGCCGCAGUGUAAUCCGACCACCUUUCAAAAAGUUCAGCAAAGGAGUGGCUUUUUUCCCGCUGCACAUCGGAGACCACGUCUUCAUCGAAGAGGACUGUGUGGUCAACGCAGCGCAGAUCGGUUCCUACGUCCACAUUGGGAAGAACUGUGUCAUAGGUCGGCGCUGUGUGCUGAAGGACUGCUGCAAGAUCUUAGACAACACCGUGCUCCCUCCUGAGACCGUGGUGCCGCCUUUCACCGUCUUCUCUGGAUGUCCAGGUCUGUUUUCAGGAGAGCUCCCAGAGUGCACACAGGACCUGAUGAUCGAUGUAACCAAGAGCUACUACCAGAAGUUCCUGCCUCUCAGUCAGAUCUGAGUCCUGCCCCAAAAACCGUCAGCAGGAUCCAGACCCUUUCCAGAUGCCAGUGUCAGGUCAGGGUGGGGGUCUCUCAUCACAAAUGGACUCUGAGAGCUCACCUUCUAUUCCUCCACCUCCCAAAAGACCCUACGUUUAUCUGCUAUUCACAAACACUUGGUCCUGUAUAAAAACCCUUAUAAGAUUGUAGUGUUUGAGAAUGAGAAAAGCACAUGAGAAUAACAUCUGAUAUAGCUGCAAGAGGUAGUAUGCAGCUCCAACAUUGAAAAGUCUUUACAAAUACAGAAAUUGUAUAAGGUGUUGUCAUUGAACUACCCACAGCAAAGCAGUAUAAGAUGCUUUCAAAGGGCACAAAUAAAGACCCUACAGGCACUAGUAAUUUUUCCGGAUGAAUAAUGUUCAUGUUUUCUGCUUAAUGUGAUGUGGAGAAACUCAAGGAUCUCUGUGUAGCUGCAGAUAAUCACAUUCUUCACUCUAUGACAGCAGCUGUGGGUGAAGAUGAGGAGGUGGUGGAGCUAUGAAAGGAAGGAGGUGCCUGUAUGACACCCAUGGACCAAAACACUAGCAACAACAGUGAUGUUUAAGGAUGUUGGCAUUUAAACAUGCCACAUUUAAAUACACACUGAUAUCAGCACUUUUCGAAGGCUAUUCGUUGUUUUACUCAUUUUAUUUCUAAUUUGAAGAACUUCUUUGCAUUCUCCUCCACUGGCCUAUGUUUUGUUUUUAUUUAAUAAUGUGUUUUAUGUCUUUACUUUUCAAAUGAUCAACUGCAGUGUUUUCAUUUUAAUUUGUUGAUUUGUGCAGGACAGCCCCCUGUGCUUUGCCUUUGUUGAACUCUGUGACUAUACUGUAGCCAACAUCUAAAAUAGUGCAGCAAUCAAAUAAAUACAAAUGCUUGAACAUCUGCCUCA